GAGUGUCCAUGGAUACGUAGGCUAACAGCAUUUGACUUGUGUAACAUAAUGCACUAUUUCGAUUUACUAUGUUUUUGGUCUUUUUACUAAUGACAAUCUACAGCUUUGUCUGGGAUACUUUUAGGUAGCAAAAGAAAAUUAAAUAGGAUAAAAAAAAGGGCUAAUGCCUCUAUUCGCGACAGACUGAGUAAGAAACGUAUAUAAAGAAUUCGUGCUCAUUCUGUCGCGAUUAGUGUGUUCAGCCAUGGAGAUACACAACGUUAUUUUGUCCGUCAGGUUUGACAGAAGGAUCGACUUGGACGCGAUAACCCGUGUUUUCGGGAACGAUGCUACUAAGAUGAAAAACUUUAACGCCGUUAACCUUCGCUUGAAUGGUAACACAUUCUGUCAACUGUUUGCGAACGGCAAGGCCAUCAUAAACGGCGGACCAACAAUGUCUGGGAAAUCAACGUUUACGUUGCAACUCUUGAAAAACGUUUCACAAAGUUUCACUCCCGUCCCUACUCGUAUUGUUUACGCGUACGGUGAUACAACGCUGCUAAUUUUGGAUGAUUUAAUGGAGGAAAUAGCAUCUGCUACUAAGGCAUCCGCGUUAUUUACCCGUGAUGUUCACCACAAAAACGUUUCUGUUGUUUUCAUCUCACAAAACCUUUUCAAGCAAGGAAAGAACAUGCGUGAUAUUUCUCUCAACUCACAAUAUAUGGUCGUAUUUAAAUCUGUUCGCGACACACAGCAAAUAAAAACGCUAGCGCAUCAGCUGGGCAUGCCACACUUGCCAGAAGCUUAUAAAAAGGCUAUAAAGGAACCGUUUGGAUACUUAUUAAUUAACUUACGUCCGGAAACCCCCGACAAGGCCCGCUUACAAUCGAAUAUUUUUGGCUACCGAAGAAUCUAUGUAGAAAAAUGAAGCCAGAAGAAAUUCUCAAGCUAAUCGACGCUCUA